UUCGCCUCAUUCUGUUGACUCGUUUUUGAGAUGAUGACGGAGGUAGGUGAUGAGUUCCCUGAUCUAUUUCUUCCCUCCGCCAUUCUUUAACAAGUCCAGUCAAUUUUGGUUCUAAUGGCAUCAGAUAUCAGCAUUUCAGCUCCUCUGGAGCUUGCAUGGUUCUCCCGUUUGAUAACCAUGCAGUUUAUGGGAACUGAGAGACCUUGGCUGAAUUUGUAUGGAAAUCGAGUUCGCCCAGUAGCUCCCUUUGGAAGUGCAAGCAGCAAACCUUUUGAUGAUCCUGCCCUUAUUCAUCGUUGUUUGCCAGAUGAGUUACUUUUUGAGGUUUUUUUGCGAAUGAGUCCAUUCAGUUUAGGGAGGGCCGCAUGUGUUUGUCGCAAGUGGAGAUAUACGAUUCACAAUCCAAUUUUAUGGCGUAGAGCAUGCCUGAAAACAUGGCAGCUUUCUGGAGCAUUGACAAAUUACAAAAUGGUGCAAUUCAUGUUUGAGGGUUCAUGGAGAAAGAUGUGGAUUUCCAGACCAAGGAUUAGAAAUGAUGGCCUUUAUGUGAGCAGAAAUACUUAUAUACGUACUGGAGUUGCAGAGUGGAAGGUCACUAAUCCGGUCCAUCUGGUUUGCUACUUCCGCUAUCUCAGAUUUUUCCCAAAUGGCAAGUUCCUUUACAAGAUUUCAUCUCAAAAGGUUAAAGAGGUGGCAAAAAUCAUGAUUCGUGCAUCGAAAGCUGAGUGUGUCUUCCAAGGUGAAAGUACACUUUCUGAUGAUCAGAUUAAUGCAGUUCUCGUGUAUUCAGGCUCUCGUCGAACUCUUCUUAGAAUGCGCUUAAGGAUUAGGGGAACCACAAUAGGUGCGAACAACCGGCUCGAUAUGUUGAGACUUGUUACGACUGGCCUGAAUGAGUCCGAAAUAAGUGAUGAUGGUGAUGACAUUUUAGGACUAGUUGAAGGGUGGCAGGAAGAUGAGACACAUAACCCUGAUGUGCCUGCUAUUUCGCAUAGGAGCGGCUUGUCACCCUUUGUUUUUGUUCCAUUUGAGGAGGUGGAAACGUCAGUCUUGAACCUUCCUGUGGACAAGAUGGACUACUUCGUUCCAGGCUGAAGUUUUUCAACUACUCCCCACUUAUUGUAUAUGUACAGCUUAUGUUUAAUAUUGUGUCAAGGACUUGUGUUUUUUGCUUCUGUGAUUUUUUUAUCUCUUUUUUGGACUGAAUGCUUGCUAUAUUUUAAGAAGCACAAGAUGGGUUGUGCUUUUUGUAAGUUUUCUUUAUGUUAUUUUAUAAUUUGUAAAUAGUUGUUAUGGCAGUAAA